UAACUGUGUGUUUAAUAUGCCUGUCUCGCCCGGCGUGUUGCCCCAGACACUGUGUACCACAAAUCCCCACCUCCACUCCAAUGAGAGCUCGGGAGGGAGGAAUAAAAGGGUUAAGGGGAGUCUUGGAUGGAGUCUGCUGGGCGGAGUGGAAAGGACGUGAUUGGAUGGCUUUCUGUGACGCAGGGGACAUGAAAAAGCUGAUAACUAGUUAAGAAGGCAGUUUGUAACUCUGGAAAAAGAGUGCAGAGCUUGAGACACACAUUACGCAGGACGCGGACGAACCGGCGCAAACACAGAGAGUACAGCCGUUUUGGCAGUGUGGGACUGUUAGACACUGCAGCGUCCGGAGAAAAAGUGACUUGAAACAGAGGACAAUGGUGCAGCACACAGACAACAGCGAGACGGACGGGAGCAUGUCCAGGGAGGCUACGGACUCGGAGGAGAGUGAAUUUAUGGCAUGCAGCCCCGUGGCGAUAAACCCGGACUGGUGCAAGACAGCCACCGGUCACAUCAAGAGACCCAUGAAUGCAUUUAUGGUCUGGUCAAAAAUCGAGAGGAGAAAGAUCAUGGAGCAGUCACCGGACAUGCACAACGCAGAGAUUUCCAAGCGCCUGGGGAAGAGGUGGAAGAUGCUCAAGGACAGCGAAAAGAUCCCGUUUAUCAGAGAAGCCGAGAGGCUGCGGCUAAAACACAUGGCUGACUACCCCGACUACAAGUACAGACCCAAGAAAAAACCAAAGCUCGACAGUUCAAAAUCAUCAGCACCGUCUCCGGAGAAGUGCGGUAAAAUUGCAAAGACUCCCAGCAAGAAGUGCUCAAAGAUAAAGACUAAGAGCGGCUCCAAGUCCUCUCACGGCUACGGAGAGGACUGUGUGUUUCCCAGCUUAAAAGUUACAAAGACUGUGAAAAGUGAGCUCACCGAUGAGGACGAUGACGACGAGUACGAAGAGGACUACCGGAUGGGGAUUAAGCCGGGGGAUGAGGAGCGCCUGAGGCCGUACAAUGUAGCCAAAGUUCCCGCGAGCCCAACUUUGAGCUCCUCGGCCGAGUCCGAGGGGACGAGCAUGUACGAAGAAGUGCGGAACAACAACAGACUCUUUUACAAUAUCAAAAACAUUACCAAGCAGAGCACAUUACACGCUGCUUCCGUCUCACCAGCAUCCUCCAGGUCGGUCUCCACAUCCUCCUCCUCCAGCAGCAGCUCCUCUUCCGGCGAGGACGCGGACGAUUUGCUGUUUGACUUUAGUUUAAAUUUCGCCCCCAGUGCCCCAGGCUCGGAGCUGGGCAACACCAAUUCAGGAAACCUCUCCCUGUCUCUUGUGGAUAAGGACCUGGACUCUUUCAGUGAGGGCAGCCUGGGUUCUCACUUUGAAUUCCCAGACUAUUGCACGCCAGAACUCAGUGAGAUGAUUGCCGGGGACUGGCUGGAGGCGAACUUUUCCGACCUGGUCUUCACAUACUGAUCUGAAAAAAAGGUCCUCUAGUAAUAACAGAGAAGGGAGAAAUGAAAUUAUAUAUGUGUCCUGGUCAAGUUGUCCCUAGCCCUGCCUCCUCUGGGUUUUCUGAAGGGUCCUGGAGGGAGGUGGAGGACCAGGAGGCUAGGUGAGGUUUGAGGAAUGAGAUGCUUAUGAAGCUGGUAGCAAAAAAAAGCAAAGUCUGCAGACGUUUUUUUCUGGCAGCAUGACAGGGUUUUAUGGAUUUUUUUCCCCCCGUAGGUCUGCAUUUACUGUUCAGCUUAAACGGACCACAAAGGGGAAAAAACGUGAACUUCUAUGCAUCUUAUCCUCUUAAAAACAAAACAAAAAAAAACUGCAGGGAGCUGAAAACGGACUGUGGACUGACUCAAAGCAAAUCUGUGAACUGACAAUUGUUCAGGAUGUUACUUUACAACGGUUUAUGUAAUUUCUAAAUGCCGCAAAUGUUUGUUUGUUUUUUGUAACUGAUUCCGUUUACCUCCUGGUUUGGUAAAUUAAGCAGCCUAAACCUCUGCAGAAUACAGGUGUGGAGGAAACAUUUUGAUACAUAACAGACCUCAUCUUUUUAAAAGAAAAGUAAGAUAUUUUCAGGCAUAUUUUUGUACAGUUAAAAGGGAAUGUUCUUACUGUGCUUUCAGUGAGUUUCAGGCACUUCUUCCCUUUAUCAUUUGUUUUUAGCAUGCAAGGGAGUCCUGGUUUUAAGGAUUAAGUUAAAUUAAAACUUGCAUCAAAAAUGCCUUGUGAUUUUAAACUAGGUUUUGUACAGUUGUAGAGCAGAUUUGUUGAGUAUUUGUAGACGAUACAAUGGCAUCAUGGGGAACACAUACCUCAGAGCUGGAACUAGUUUCAAGAUUGUAUAUGUACUGUAAUAUAGUAAAGUUAGGAGUUUAUGUAUAUCAUACUCGUGAUAUGUGGAUGGGUCCCAAUCGCAGGUGUGAAACUGGAUUUUGGUAUUUUUAUGGCACAUACUGUUUUUCCCCCCUCUCAUUUUUUUGUGCAAUAUAUACUCUUAAGAUACAGACCAUCAACAAUUGUAGCAAGUGAUGGAAAAACAGACUUGUGCACUGUCAACAUCAUUUCAUGUUAUGAUGCUGAAGCCUGUCCAGGCAGAAAAAUAAACAAAUCAGCUGGAACUGAUACAAAACAA